GUCUUGCUUGAUUCGACUGUAAUCCCCUUUUUACCUUCUCGUAGGAGAAUCGCAAAAUCAUUUCAGAAACGAUAAUAACCAUCGACUGUUCAGCUUUGGACCCAGACAGUCAAUAUGUCUCCUGCACUCACCCCGCAGCACCCAGAGGAGGUUAUGGUGACCCGCGAGUUGGAGGGGCAAAAUAUUAUUACAUGUAGCUUGCCAUUUUCGCGGUUCGGGGUUCUGAGAAUUGGGGGUCGGGGCACGAUCGUCCGCAUGGCGUCCGGUUCCAGCAUCGUCUUCUCCCCCGUUGCGCUGACAGAGCACAUCAAGGGGCUCAUCACUGCUCUCAACUCCCCGAUCAAGUACAUCAUCGCGCCGGAUAUAGAGCACCAUAUGUUCAUCAGCGACUGGAAAGAAGCCUACCCAGACGCAAAAGUCAUCGGACCUCACGGCCUAAAGGAGAAAAGAGAAGCAAAUCCCAAGACACGAGGUACCUCGCAAAUUGAUUACAUAUUCAAGCCGGAGAACCGGCACAAUCCAAAGAUCUUUGAUGACUUCAACGCCGAGUUCGACACGGAAUAUAUCCCAAGCCAUCCAAACCGGGAGAUUGUUGUUUUCCACAAACCAACCAAGACCUUGCUUCAAGCUGAUCUGUUCUUUAAUCUGCCCGCCACGCAGCAGUAUGAAAAGGUGAAAGGUGGUGAACAUCAAGGCAUUUUGACAAAGAUGUUUAUGCCGGUUUCGACUACGAAAGGCGAUGCAAUUUGGCAAAAGAGGUUUCUUUGGUAUAUGAUUGCCAAGAAUCGGGAUGAGUGGAAGGAAUCAGCAAGGAUCAUUGAUGGGUGGGGAUUUGAGAGGGUGAUUCCUUGCCAUGGCGAUGUGAUAGAGACGGGCGGGAAGAUGGUGUUUCGUAAGGUGUUCGAAUGGUUUUUGGAUGGGAGACAGUAAUUGCAGUGGGUUAAGCAAGAGGCCGCAUUGUGGCUUCCAUGUGUCCUCUACCAAAUGUAUUAUAUGCAUCUAUACUUCAUUCAGUACAACAUCUAUGCAGCCUGUGGGCAUCCAUCGCUCGUUUUAGCAUUGGUGGAAUUGAUUUGUACUAAUA